AUGGAUGUAUUAAUUAGAUUACCAAAUAUAAAUUCAAAAAAUCAAGAUAUUAGCGAAAAUGAAAGAAUUAUAAAUUUUAAAAUAAAGGAUAAAGAAUCCUUUUGUGAAGAAUAUUUAAAAUAUAAGAUUUUUGAAAAGACAUUUAUUCCAAUAGCAUUUCAAUAUUUAAAAUUAGUGUCAUCAAAUUUAGAUAGUAUAGAACAACAACAGCAACAACAACAGCAACAACAACAACAACAACAACAACAUUUAAAAGUUUAUGAUUUAUUAUUACGUGUAAAUGGUGGUAAAGGUGGUUUUGGUUCAUUAUUGAAAUCUUCAGGUACAAAAGUUGGUCAAAAGAAAACAACCAAUUUCGAUGCAUGUAGAGAUUUAAGUGGUAGAAGAUUAAGACAUGUAAAUAAUGAAGCUAGAAUUAAACAAUGGUUAGAAGAUGAAGAAGCUAGAAAGAUUGCAAUGCAAGAAUUAAAAAAGAAAUUUAAUGAUUCAAAUGAUAAACAUGUUGAAGAAUUUAAUGAUACACAAUUUCAAAAAGAAACUGAAGAUAUACAUAAAAAAGUUUCAAAUUCUGUUGAACAAGGUUUAAAAUUACAAAAAGAAAAUAAAAAUUUAGAAAACAAUAAAACUACUACCACCACCACAACUACCACUACUACUACAACUGCCACUACACCAAAAACAGUUGAUAGAUUUAAAAAACCAUCAAAUAAUAAUACGAAACCAAUUUCAAUGUUUGUUCCAGAUUUCGAUGAUGAUGAUGAAGAAGAAGAAGAAGAGGAAAGUGAGGAAGAGAAAAAAGAUUCAAUUAAAACAAAAGUUUCAAAGACUAAAUAA